AUGGGUAGUCUGGGCUCAUCUAGCGCACGACCACGCCGCUCUCCAGCCCUCCCAGCGUUCAGCUUCAAUCCCGGCGCUGGAUUGAGUCCCGAAAGUGCCAACGACCGCCCUCAGCGAUCUCCUGCUCUUCCGGAAUUCACCUUCAACCCCAGCCCAUUCGACUCUGCCAAUUCGCUCAUGAGCCCGCCUUUGUCUCCGGGGUCACCCACGUCCCCACGCACAAUUCCGAAUCGUGGAGGCCACAGGCGCGGUGCCAGUGAGUUUGUUGGUGGGAAACUCAAACAGGGUGAUGCUCUUACAAUAAUGAGCACCAGUCCCACCAAGUCGGAAAGUGGCUUUCCAUCCCCAUCUCUGGCACCAGUCGAUCCGUACCAACGUCGGGGAAGGCAUCAACAUCGCCGCUCUGCAGCAAUUUCGAGCCAUGACUUGUCCAUGAUUCUGAAGCCGCCGAGCAGCCCAAAUGCCUCUAGAGGUAGCAGUGCUCCUUCAAGCCCUGCGGAUUUCGAGGGCAGGAUGAGGCAUUUUCCAGAACCCGCAGCGGAGGUGUCGAAAGAGGCCCCAAAGCAAGAGGAAAUGCCAGAGGAGGUCAGAAUAGCUCCAGAUGCCUCUAGUUCAACAGACGAGACUGCAGAGCCAAGCCCGACAAUCAAGCCUGCACGGGCAAAAGUGGGAUUCUCUGAUACUCUCGAAUACAUUCCACGACCUUUGUCCAUGGUCUCGACAGAUACCGCAAGCACAGUCACGGGCUAUCCCGGACACUCCGUAUCCGGCAGCAUUUCGUCCAUCAUUUCUUUAGGCAGCGCAACAAUAGUUGACCGCGAGCGGCCAGUGCUCUCUUCCCCGAUCAAGAAGAGCAGCGACUCUCGACCUAGCACUGCAGGUGCUGUUCUCGAGCGUGUUCCGAGUUUGCUUGCUUCUUACCCUUUUGAGGAGACCCCGACCUCACCUCGCAGACGAAACUCUAUUCCACUAUUGCCCGGUAUCACUACAGAGGAUGCCGCAUCGUCACCGCUUCCGAGUCCUACAAAAAUGCCCAAGCGUUGGUCAUUUUUUGGCCUUGAGCCUUUCACGUCAUCCAACUCGCCGUACAAGCAGCGGCCUCAUAGCUCAAGCUCGUCUGACACGGCUGCCAAGGGGGUUGAGACGAUCAACGCGCCAUUUGACGCUGAUCUAGAAUCCGAUGAUGAGGCUGAAGAGCAGAACGUAUCAAAGAAAGCUAGCAAGAAAAAGAAGCAGAAGAAGGUCAAGGCAUGGGCUGGUUCAAUCUUAACUCGCAAAGCCAAGUCGAAGUCGAAGUCUUCUGGUCGUCCUCAUACACCUCCGCCCGCCAAGGAGAUGUUAGAUGAUUGCAUGUAUGAAGACGACCUGGAUAUGUCGGGACCGUUGACUGCACCGAUGGUUAUGGUUACGGACUCCUCCUCUCCAACCGUCGAAGCUAAGCCGGUAAGACCACGGCGAAAGUCUGAGGAUGAUGCAUUAUAUCCCAUGAUUGACUUGGAUGCCGCUCUUGGCCCGUUUAAUACACCCACGGGCCGCGAUCCAGCAUGGGAUGCUGCGCAGAAACCCGGUGCACCACCCAAACGUCAGCUACACAGCGCAGCAGGAAUGCGAGGUUUCUCGGGUCCAGGCAUGCACUACCAUCGUCGCGCUGAGAGCGCACCAGAAAUGCCUCCGUUUGAAGCAAGAUUUGGUGGCAUUCAUAGGUUUGGCAGCUCUUCGACCAUGGCGGACGUUUUCGAAGAAGAUGAAGAGGAAGACGAUGAUUAUACUUCCGGCGCAGAGAGUGCAUCUCAAGCUUCCAUACCCGAUACCAGCACAGUCUCUGGGGCCAAUCUCGAUGCCAGAUCGACGAGUGACGAGUCUGCUACAACACCUACUCAAGAAAUCGACUUCGCACGGAAGAACUCGGCUGGUGCGCUCUCAAUUCCGUCUUCAAUCAAGCGCAAGGGCAGUGGUUCCAGUCUGGACCUCCAACCCUUGGGAUCAAGAGUCCGAACCGAAGCUUCGAUCAGCUCCCUUCAUGAAGAGGUGAUUAGUGAGGAAGCCCCUGUACAUCACACUACAACAGCAGUUGACCAAGAGCGUAUUUACGAGACUUACCUCGACUCGGACACCGUGGCACCGUCACCACGAAGAAUCAUCACUGGCAAAGAUCUUGCGCCGGUUGAAAUACACCCAAUCAGUCUCCCAAGCCCGCUGACGGGUAUCAGUCCUUACUCCAUGAGCCACUCGUCGUCCUUUCCAUCCCCACGCUCUCCGAUGUCUUACGACGCUCACCGCGUUUCUACGGCGCCAUCGUCUGUGACUGAGGAAAACAAUUUCCAGUCGCUGCUCAUGGGAGAGCCGGGGCCCGAAGUGGUUCGUAUUUCCGUCGACGUUCCGUCUUUAACCGAAAGUACCUCGAACAUAACACGCGAGAGCAACUUCUCCGGUGUACGACCACGAGGCAUGCCCUUCCACGAACAGCGCCCAGCAUCUUUCACGACUACCGCAUUUGGACGUCGUAGAUCGAGUUUGGCAAGCCUCAGUCGUCUGAUUAGCACUUCACACGGAGAAAGAAGCAAAUUGAGCAUGGAAGUGCCCCUCGACAACGAGUCCGACAAGAAGUCGAAGGCCAGCACAGCGAAGAGACUCAGUCGAAUGAUCCAAUUUUGGAAGCCGAAGGAGUCAGCAGCAUCCUAG